UCGGAGGUCAGAAGCUGCUUCUUAAAAUUUGUUCGAUUCUCUCGGGAUUUUUGUGUGUCAAUUUAAAACGACCACAGCUGUUUUCAACCCUAAACGCAAUAACUUUGACUUCGAAGAGAACUCGUGUCCCAUUCAGCGAGUGUCUACUGUAUUUACAGUGAUGCAGAAACUGUGCCACCUCCUCUUCCCUCUGCUCUUGCUGUGCGUGGACGUCUGCGUGGUGCGCGGCCUCCGCCUCCUGCAGCUCUCUGCGCCCCUCCCAUGCUCUGCGCUGGUCGCCAUGUGGGCAGGAGGGCUGACCAGGGCCAGCCUCCUCCUGCUUGUGUCCUGCGCUUCCUGUGGAGGAGGGCUCUCGUGGGCGAGCAGUCUGUUGGUGCUUUGCUUGCACUUCCCCGCGUACGUGGGCCUCCUCUCCGGGCUGGGGUGUUCCAUCGAGGAGGACGCGUGGGGAUGGCACUCCUGGGAGAGGUUGUUGCAGGGCUACGUUGUGAUGGCGGUGGCGUGGGUCUACUGGAGUCAAUACGCCUCUUCGCUGUGGACGUCCAAGUGCGCAACAGAGAAGCCUAAAGAGGACAUUGUGUCAUCUCUGAGAAGACUGACUGGAUUCAUGCAACCUUAUCUGGGCCGAUUUAUUUUCGUGCUGAUACUUGUGCUGCUCUCCGCCUAUGGAGAGAUGGCGGUCCCUCUGUACACGGGCCGCGUGACCGACUGGAUCACAAACCAAGAAUCGCCGGAUGCUUUCAACGAGGCCAUCAUGACCAUGGGGAUAUUGACUGCUGCCAGCGCGCUGCAGGAGUUUAUCGGCGACCUGUUGUACACAUCCACGAUGCUCCGCAUCCACACAGCAGUGCAGGGCGUCGUCUUCCAAGCGGUGUUGAAACAGGACAUCGCCUUCUUUGACGCCACCACCACAGGAGAGCUGGUUUCCCACAUCAUCACUGACACCAACAACAUGAGCGAGGCGCUGAGUGAGAAACUCAGCCUGGUCAUGUGGUACACGGCCCGCUUCGCCUUCCUCCUGUAUUUCAUGGUGACGCAGUCGUGGAAGCUGACUCUGCUCUCCUGCAUGGGGCUGCCCAUUGUCUGGGUCAUACCCAAGUUCACCGGGGGCUUCAGUCAGACGCUGUCGGUGAAGGUUCAAGAGUCGCUGGCUAAAGCCAACCAGGUGGCCACAGAAAGCUUCUCCUGCAUCAAGACCGUGAAGAGUUUUGCCAAUGAGGACGGCGAGACGGAGCGCUACAGACGGGCCAUGGAGGACACGUACAACUUGCAUAAAAAAGAGGCGGCUCUUUAUGGAGUUACUACAUCUGCCAACAUUUUGAGCACUUUGGCCAUGAAAGUGAGCAUUCUCUACUACGGAGGGAUGCUUGUGACCAGGGGGACGGUGAGCAGUGGAGAGCUGGUCUCAUUUGUUCUCUACGAACUGCAGUUUGCCUCUGCUGUGGAGGCCUUCAUGCAUUCUUACCCAGAGGUGAGGAAGGCUGUGGGCGCCUCUGAAAAGAUCUUUGAAUAUCUGGAUCGGAAACCUCGAGUACCCCCAGAGGGAACCUUGGCCCCGGAGAACCUCAAAGGACACGUUGAGUUCAGGAAUGUUACUUUUGCCUACUCGGGCAACUCGGAUGACGGAAGCCUUAUUCUCAAGAACGUUUCCCUGGAAAUAAAACCCAAACGGAUCACGGCACUUGUGGGGCGCAACAGAUCGGGGAAGUCCACCUGUGUCAAACUGCUGGAGAGGUUUUACCAGCCCCAAAGCGGUGAGAUCCUGCUGGACGGGCUGCCGUUGCAAAGUUAUCAAGACCUUUAUCUUCGGCAGCAGAUCUCAGUGGUGAGCCAGGAAUGUAUGUUGUUCCCUCGCCCCGUGUGGGAGAACAUCAAGUAUGGCUGUGACGCUAGCGACGAGGACAUGCACCGAGCCGCCCGCCUGGCCGGCAUCCACAGCUUCAUCACGGGGCUGUCGAAGGGCUACGACACAGAUGCUGGCGAGAGAGGAGCACAGUUCUCUGGAGGGCAGAUACAGCGUAUCGCCAUCGCCAGAGCUUUAAUUCGACGACCCAAGAUCUUGAUAUUGGACAACGCCACCAGCGACUUGGACACAGAAAACGAACAUCAGAUCCUCCAGACUCUGCUCAACCAAGGCAGCGAGUGCACUGUGCUGCUCAUCUCCAACAAGAUGAGCGUCGCCAAGAAGGCCGACCACAUCGUGGUCCUCCAUGAAGGGAAGGUGGAGGCGGAGGGUUGCCAUGACGAGCUGCUGCAAGGAUGCGGCCGUUAUGCGGAACUGGUCACAAAGGAGGCGCACUGCAGUUGAGCCGAGCUGAUAACGUUUGGGUCAAACAUUGCUUAUUGAUCAUGCUGACGGUAACGUUUGAGAAAACACAUAAUCGACAACAACAAAAACACACAUUCUUAUGCUUAUGCUAUGCCUUACAGUAGCUCUGAACGCUGCAUUAUUACGGGUCACAUUGUAACCGACCAUCACCAACCUGUUGAUUGCGAUUAAUCAGUCAACGUUUGGGACUCUUCUCGUCAGUCCCGAAAACGUAAUCUAUUAUUUUGACACCAUCCAAAAGGUACGCAUUUUAAUUCCUCACAUCUCACCUGUCUCGACACCACGGCCCCACCCCCAGGCACUGUUGCACACCACACCGGCUCAUCUCACAACGUGCACGUCAAAAAAAAAAAUCAAUAAUUUGCAGUAAGGCAUUCAAAGGCUGAUUGUUGCCAUUGAGGACACCGAGGUCAUGUCCUCUGUAUUUAUUUAAGUGACAAAAAGAAGAUGAUAUGACUGACUGCAAAUAUACUUUGCGUAGGACAUCGUGGGUGCGGGGUUGGUACCAAUAUUUUGAUAUAGGUACUUAAAGGGGCCAAAAAACGGCGUUAUUGACUUUUUUUUAACAAAACAAAAAUCUUAUGAUACAUUUAGGGUUGUCCCGAUACCGAUAAUUUUGUACCGGUACCAAAUUUUACACUUUUCGAUCAUUUUUAAAACAAAAAAUGGCAUUAUUGGCUUUAUAUUAACAAAAAGAUUAAAUGAUACAUUAAACAUAUGUUUAUUAUUGCAAUCCAAGAACAGUUUUGGCAUGAAAUAAGAUAGUGAACAUACUAGACAACGUCUCUUUUAGUGGACUGUGCGCUGUAGAUCAUCCUCUCUCAAUAUACAAUAUUUGGUCAUGCACAGCCAUUCCAGACAACAUUGUAACACAAUGAAUCCCACUUUUAUUUGAAACAUCAUCCGAUCCGAAAUGGGCUGUCAACAUAACGUUAACAUUAUAUUAUGCUGACGUGACUAACGUUGGUUUUACCUGAAUGAACUUGAUGUGAAACGCUGUCGGUAUAAUAUUGUUGUAUUAGUCAAGCUCGUUCACAGAUAUCAAGCCCUACACGGAAAACACGCACUGUGCUUAGGCUUCGCGAUCUGUGGAGGGACCUGUUUUGCGUGAAGAAGCACAUGCUAUAUGUAAUUGAUUGAAUGACAAGGCGCUUCAUAUAAAAUUUUACCCCAAACUUAUUCCUGGCCACGUCAUACCCUGUCACUGAUAAGACUACAUGGGCGAUGCAGAGCACCGCAAGGGCCCUAUUGAAAUUGCUCUCUUUUUACCUCUAUACUUUUUGAGGCCCUUAACCUGCACAAAAAGUCCCCAUAUUUUGCAGGCGUGUCAGGUAUGGCGAAAAAUGUUAUAUUUUUGGGGGUCCCGAAAAUGAAAUUUCAAACUUGGCUACUAUAAAAAGAGAACAAAUUAGCCCCGCUGAUCAGGUUCAUGUAUCGAAAAGAAAAUCGGAAGUCGGCAGUCGCCCAUCUUGGUCUUCGUCUUCCUUUUUUCUGCACAAAAAGAAUGGGUUGUACUUAAACUCCUCCCUAGGGACUUUGGCCAAAUGAGUCGCGUUUGAAUUUACAGAUACUACACAUAGAGGUGAUACAUUUCGAACACAUUUUUCCUACAACAUAAGAUGUGGGCGUCGUAUGGUGCAGAACUUUGCUCCGAUGGUUUUGGGCCUUUUUCAGUGAAAAAAAAUGGCUCGUACUUAAACCCCUCCUAGGGACUUUGAUCGAUUCAGUCGCGGUUAAAAUUACAAAUACUACACAUAUAGGUGAUGAUAAAUUGCAAACAAAUAGAGCCUAUCCAGCUCCACUCUGGUGGAAGGUUUGAUAGUUAACUUUUCUGAGAAACAGCAUUUUUCAAACUGAUGUCAACAUGUGCACUGUGGAGGAUACUUCCUCUCGGAAAGUAAAAGUUGAAAGACAAUAAAGUGAACAUUAUUGUUUUACACUGGAUGUUUUCAUUGUCACUUUAAAAUCACUCAAGUGUAAGUUGUUUUUAAUUACUUGCUUGAAACAGUUGAUGCCCCGGCACAAUUAUUAGCACUUAAAAAUACAUUUUUGUAGUAAUACAUAUGAUUAGAAUAUUUGAGCAUUAUGUUCGCGUUCAAUUACAGUAAGUGUGUUUGUCCUAAAUAUUCCGGGUACUUAUUUUAUAUACUAUAACGUUUUUAAGUUUUUUGGGGGGGACAUAUACCACAAUAACAUCGUACCGUGAGAUUUUGAUACCGUUACAUCACUAAUAUAUAUGUGAAGUGAAGUGAAGUGAAUUACAUUUAUAUAGCGCUUUUUCUCAAGUGACUCAAAGCGCUUUACAUUGUGAAACCC